CAUGACCUUUGAUCUGGACGCUUGUCUGGAUGAGUACAGCGUCCCAGCCAGUAAAGAGAGAGCUGUGACAUACACAACUCAAUAUUCACCCUCUAGAAUGGGACUGACUAUCAUCCCUUCAUUUGACAGUACAGAGUCACAUGAAAUCGGCCCAGGCCCCGAGUUUGAACGGGUCGGUUUUAAUCUUCUGGGGAGGAGUCCCUUAGUAGCGCAUUAUCUUCGCACCAGAGAACUGAUGGGAAAAGAACAGGAACCUGUUCAGUCUGUAGGACGUACUGAAGUCGUUAAACUACAAACGCCAGCGCCUACAUAUAAACAGGUGAUAAGAGAAUGUAAAAAGACCACGAAGACUUUAAACAACCACUAUCAAAGAGUUCUAGACACAUCUGAGCAAGAAAGUUUGAAGAUCCAGAAACAGAAGCGAGCUGCGUUAGCAAAGCUUGAGAGCUUAAAGAAUGAUCUGGUUCUUCGAAAUCAAGACAUAAAAAUGAUCAGCGAUCGCCUGCUCGACUUAAUGGUAAGUUACAAAUACUUGACUUCAUGCGACUGUGAAUUUUCGUGUUCCUUUCGGCGCCACUCUCCCACCCCCGAAAAUCACGCCCUUCAAAUCUCAAACGCAAAACUCUCUAUUGCGACAGUAAGACUCACCCCUCAUCCCCUAGUGUAA